CAACUCACGCAUUCCCCCCACUUUCUUUCUUCCCCGACACGGGCACGCACGCACACGGCUGCCCUGCGCCCACACACGCUUCGGCCCUUCCUUCCAAAAUCUAAACCCCACUCCGACCGCCCCCCCUCCGGCGAUGCUGAUGCGUCGCCGCCGCCAGCGCCCGGUCCUCCCCCGCCUCCUCCUCGCCACCCUGCUCAUCGCGUCGGCCGUCGCAUUCCUCCCCCGCGCGGCCGGCGACGCGGCCGAGGCGGGCGACGAGGGCCGCGUGGGCGAGGCGGUCGCGGCGGUGGAGCGCGCCGACGCCGCGGCCGCGGCCCUGGGGGCCGCCGAGGCCGGCGGGGAGGCGGCUCAGGGCAAUGCCACGACCAAGGAGCACAGCCUCGCCGACAUGAUCGACCGCGCGCUGGAGAAGGAGUUCCCCGACUCGGAGGGCGACCAGGGCGGCGGAGAGACGGACCCCGGCAGCUUCAACAACACGGUCGCGGAGAAGCAGGGAGUUCUGGAAACUGUGGCCAGAAGAGUAACGAAGAAGAAUGAGACCAAAGACAAUAACUCAUUCCCAUUCAAGGAGGUUUUCUUGGAUCGGUCAGAGCAAGAGGAUGUUCCCACGUUGAUUGAUCGGAAGGAUAAUGUUUUUAUUAUAUCAAAUCGGAAGUCAAAGUACCCUGUACUGCAGCUGGACCUUACGUUGAUCUCAGAUCUUGUUGUCGUUAUUGUAUCUGCUACUUGUGGUGGAAUUGCCUUUGCUUGCCUUGGACAACCAGUCAUUACAGGUUAUUUGCUUGCUGGUUCUAUAAUUGGCCCUGGAGGUUUUAGCUUUGUCAACGAACUGGUGCAAGUUGAGACAGUAGCUCAGUUUGGUGUGAUAUUUCUCCUUUUUGCUCUAGGACUUGAGUUUUCUACCGCAAAACUACGAGCUGUACGCGCAGUUGCCGUUCUUGGAGGAUUGCUGCAAAUUAUACUUUUUAUGUUCCUUUGUGGUAUUUCUGCGACGCUAUGUGGGGGUAAAACAAAGGAAGGUGUUUUUGUUGGCGUUCUUCUUUCUAUGUCUUCGACAGCAGUGGUUUUAAAAUUUUUGAUGGAAAAAAAUAGUAUCAAUGCACUUCAUGGCCAAGUGACGGUUGGCAUACUCGUAUUGCAGGAUUGUGCUGUUGGUCUUCUGUUUGCACUUCUUCCAAUUUUGAGUGGCGCCUCUGGUCUUCUUCAUGGAGUUGCGUCAAUGACAAAAUCGCUUGUGCUAUUAAUAUCGUUCCUGGGAAUUCUCUCUAUCCUCUCCCGUACUUGCGUGCCUUGGUUUCUUAAGCUGAUGAUAAGUCUUUCGUCUCAGACAAAUGAACUGUACCAGUUGGCAGCAGUUGCAUUCUGCCUGUUAUUUGCUUGGUGCAGUGAUAAAUUGGGUCUGAGUCUUGAGUUGGGUUCAUUUGCAGCUGGCGUUAUGAUAUCAACAACCGAUCUUGCUCAACAUACUCUUGAACAAAUUGAACCAAUUCGAAAUCUCUUUGCCGCCCUUUUCCUUGCCAGCAUUGGGAUGCUAAUUAAUGUCCAUUUUCUGUGGAACCAUGUGGAUAUACUUCUUGCAGCUGUAAUUUUGGUGAUAACAAUAAAGACAUUUAUUGUCUCUAUUGUCGUAAAAGGGUUUGGCUAUAACAACAAAACAUCUCUUCUUGUCGGCAUGUCUCUUGCACAAAUUGGAGAGUUUGCUUUUGUUCUUCUUAGCCGUGCUUCAAGCAUCCAUCUGAUUGAGGGCAAGCUGUAUCUGCUUCUUCUUGGCACCACAGCGCUUAGCUUGGUAACAACACCCCUGCUAUUCAAAAUGAUCCCAGCCGUGGUCCACCUUGGUGUUCUUUUGAGAUGGUUUUCCGUCGAUAGCAAUCAGGUGGAGCUGGGCCUAAAAGGCGAAGUCCUCCGCAUUGAUAGCGGCAAGCGCAUAAAUUUGAUAAUCCAAGGCCCACACGACUCAUGACACACUUGGCACACCGCAAGCUACUUUUAGUAUGGCUUAAGUUAACGAGCUCUGUAAAGUGUUUCCGCAUGUAACGAAGAGUUUAUAGCGCGUAUGCACGGUUGGGCGGGAGUUGGAAGCAGAAGAAAUCAGAUCUCGUUCAAAGUGUGUGAGAUCGACCCUUCCCCGCAGCGACGACUGGAAAUGCAAGGGGAGGAUUUCGCCAGCCUUGUGAGCAGUGGAUGACGCGGGCAGUGAGUGCACUGCUCGCGGUGUGAUCCCUCUAAUGAGGGUUUUCUGUAGUAUAAGAAUGUAAUCUGAUUGAUUGAUUGAUUGGAUUAGCGCGAUAGGAUUUAGGCUUGACCGGUACACCACUGUAUUAAUUCCACAAAAUGUGCAGAACGCCACCUGAUCAUGAAUUUUGAUGUGCAGUGAGUUUGCCAUUGUCAUUUCCCAGUGUAAGUUCCCAUGCCUGCAGUCAGGAAAAUCAUUUUGUAUGUGUCUCAUUUUUUGGUAAGACGCCUAUACUGUAACGUUUGAAUGUUGGUCGUUGGAUGCUA